UGCGCACAACCCUUUAAUGUUUGGAUUCAACUAAUAAUGUAUCCUGUUUUACUAAUACUUUUUUUUUUUUUUUUUGGGUUUCAUUUUCAGCCUAACAAUGGAGGAAGAUGUUCCAGGAAAGAAUGAGGAAGAGGAGUUUAAUACUGGCCCACUAUCUGUACUUAUGAUGAGUGUCAAGAAUAACACGCAGGUCCUUAUCAAUUGCCGAAACAACAGAAAAUUGUUUGGACGUGUGAGAGCUUUUGAUCGUCACUGCAAUAUGGUUCUUGAAAAUGUCAGGGAGAUGUGGACUGAGGUUUGUCUUAACUAUCUACAAUCCCCUUCCCUCUUUGCCCCAUGAUUAAAUAUUACUUAG